CUCUCUCUCUCUGUUAUUACUUCUUACUUCUCUCUCUCUCGCAGACACCAAGCGCACUCGAUUCACAUCGCCAAGCGGCGGUGGCAGAUAGAGAGAGAGAUGAUGUCCUCCUCCGGCGCCGGCAGGUACAUGGCUUUCCCGCCCUCCCCCUCAGCUCCUCCCUCUCCCCACCUCUCCGCCCUUCGCUCCACCGCUCUCGCCGACCCCGACAAAUAUCUAAGCGAGUUAUUGGGAGAACGUAACAAGCUUAGUCCCUUCAUGGCUGUGCUUCCCCACUGCUAUCGAUUGUUAAACCAAGAAAUUUUGCGUGUAACCACGCUGUUGGGGAAUGCAUCAGUUUUAGGUCAAAGUGGGCUUGAACAUGCUAGCCCCCUGGCUACCGGAGGAAUUUUUUCAAAUGGAGGUGCCGAUGUGGACGGAUGGGCAUCACGAUUUCAAUCAGAAAGGCCAGGCUUAUUACAGUCCUCAUCAACACAAAAUUGGCUGAGUCCACAAGGAAGCUCAUCUGGUCUUAUUGUUAAAAAGACGGUCAGAGUAGAUAUACCUGUGGACACAUAUCCUAAUUAUAACUUUGUUGGUCGUCUCCUAGGCCCUCGAGGAAAUUCUCUAAAGCGUGUAGAAGCAAGUACCGAGUGUCGUGUCUUGAUCAGGGGCCGAGGUAGCAUUAAAGAUCCAACCAGGGAGGAAAUGAUGAGAGGGAAACCUGGGUAUGAGCAUCUGAAUGAACCUCUCCACAUUCUAGUUGAGGCUGAAUUACCUGUUGAAAUAGUAGAUGCUCGCUUGUUGCAGGCACGUGAAAUACUUGAAGAUUUGCUCAAACCAGUGGAUGAAUCUCAGGAUUUCUACAAGAAGCAACAACUUCGGGAACUAGCAAUGCUGAACGGCACUCUUCGUGAGGAGGGUUCUCCCAUGUCUGGUUCUGUUUCACCCUUCCACAACAGCCUUGGUAUGAAGAGGGCCAAGACCAGGGGGUAGAUUGUCCUAAAGGGUGAGAGGGCUUUUGGAGCUUGUGUUAAUUUUCUACAUCAGCACUUACCAUGCCACGGUGAUGCUGACAAAGAAUAUGCCCUGAACUGCCAUCGGGGCACUGGCACCAUAGUGCCAGUUCUAACUUGUUCUAUGUGCAGUGUGUUUACAUUGAGUUUGGGGGAGGUUUAAAGAUGGUAGCACGUAGUAAAGGUCCAAUUGAGUUUGAUGAAUUUGCUUUUUUAGUGUUGGUUGGGCAGGUUGGUUAGAUAUUCACCAAAUCUGUCUAUAUUAUUAUUAUUAUAAUAUUUGGGGUUAUAUUUAAGUUUGCAAUGACAGUUUUGUAAUGGUUUUGGAAUUCUGUGAGGAAGAUAAUGUUAUGGUUUGUAUUCAGAGAUAAUAACUACUUCAAUGCGUGUAUGGCUGACAUUUUGCACCAUCUAAUGUAGAUUAUAAAUUUGUGGAA